GAUCUACCAAACAAGCCAGCCAGCCAGUUGAGACUUGAACGUGUCUGCUAACGGUCGCUGUCAGUCGGUUAUUGUAGUGAUCGCGCUGCGUAUUUCACGUGAAAAUAUUCGUUGUUUUCGGUACCGGUACAAGUCCAUACAAAAUUAAAGUUCGAAAUUGUUGAUUUGUCACCUCCAAAUCAAACAAUCUUCACUAAUUUCUAUUGCAAACCGGCGGUUGAAAGUUCGUUGCCAUGGCAGUGUAACAUAACCUAUAACAACCGGUGUACCUGUAGCUUCGUACGUCAUAAUACGUUGAACCAGUUGAGACCGGUGUACUUUGAGUGAUUUGUGUUUUUCGUGAUUCUCAUUGUUUCUCAUUCUGUAUUUGAGGAAUCCAAGCUAUUGCUGGGUUUGUUGAUUUACUUGCUAAUUUAUUAACGUUGUCACUUGAAGACUUGCGUAAAUUUUUGUGCAGUCUGAAGUAGACCUACAGUAACUUAUUUGAUAUUUUAUAUCCAUUUUGAUAGGCUAUCUGGCUGAAACACGUUUAAAAAAGAAAAGCAAUUUUAGUUAGUUCUCCACACACUUAAUAAUUGUGAAAAUUAGUAAAUCUAGAGAUAAACUCUCUUCGGAAUAUUUUCGAAAGCAGUGUUGUAGUUGUGUUGAAGUGCAUAGUUUUACAUGUUUGCUCACCUAGAUAAUUCACGGUCUGUUGCGUCUUCGCUAAUGAAAGAAUGCUGUUAUAAAUGAGUGAUCAUCGCCCAACACAAGUAGUCGUCGUUCAUCAUAUUUACACUGCUUCUUCGUGGACCAACAUGUCUUCUUUCAAGUCGCUGUUGUUGCUCAUCGCUUUGAUCGUCAGCGGCUGCAAAUUAUCAGAGGGGCUGGCGGAGAACUGCACGGACACAGAGUGCGAGCAGGACGUGAUAGCGUCGGCAUGUCCGCCGGACUCGAUUCCGGACCCGGACAACCCCAGCUCGGGGGGCUGCGUGUGCAGCAGUGCCCGCUGUCUGCCGCCCCCGCGAUGCACACCCCCCGCCACACACCGCCUCCAGCGACCCGCCUCCGGCGAGCCCUCCAACUGCUGCGAUGUCUACGAGUGUGUAGAACCGCCUGCGGUGAACUGCAGCACGGUGGUGUGCGCGGACGAUGCCCCCAAGGCAUGUCCGGCUGACAGCUACCGACUGCCUGCGCACAAGGCGCCCGAGGAGUGCUGUUCGCAGCCGCAGGACUGUCAGUGCCUGCCUGAGCCGUGUCGACUGCCUGACUGUCAGCCGCCUCUCUGGCCCAAGGUCGUGCGACCCGGCAACGGAAAUCCCGGCUCAUGUUGUGCGCUCUUCAAAUGCGUCGAAAAUGAAUCGAACAACACGUGCAGAGAGGAGGAGCAAUCAUGGCGCGAGUCAGAGUGCACACUUUGCACGUGCAAGAAUGGCCUGAAGCUGUGUGAGACAGACCCGCCUUGUCCGCAGCUGCCCGACGGCUGCUCCAAGACGCGAGUGCCCAAGGGAAAGUGCUGUCCUGUCUGCAUGGAUCGACCUGGUCAGUUAGUCACCAGUCUAUAUUCUAAUAAAAAAUGAAGAAAGAUACUAUGG